AUGAAAGCCUUUAUAUUUAGUACUCUUUUUUGUACAAUACCUGUCUUUUCAAGGAGUCUUGGUAGUAUAUUCAACGAUGAUCUAGAUUCACGUUUACUGGGUCCAUUAAGGCAUCUUUCUGCUCUAUUUGUGUUUUAUGAUGGAAAGGACUGUGUGUUUUUAGAUGGCCUAUGCGCAGAAUUACGUAAAGGAUAUGGAGACUUAACUACUUUAGAUAGUCGACUAAGUGAUAUCUGUCGUCCUAAAUCAGAUGAUGCUGCUUAUUGUAAAAAUCUUUUGGAAACUGCCAUGCCUGAAGCCCGUGAGCUUUAUACAGAACUCAAAGAAUCAGAAUCAAAAUUCUCACUUGGAGAGUGCAGACGCCUUCUUACUUUAUGCAAUUUUUUUAGUGGUAUUUUUCCUCUUCUUGUUCCUCUUUGUGAGCAACUGAAGCUUAGCUGCUAUUCCGAAAUACGCAAACAUGCCGCUUUCUCUGCUCUUGUAGAGAUGGGGGGAAACCAAAUGAGGACACAUGAUGAAUGUGUCCAUAAAAUGGAAGGUGUAUGCCAUAAAUAUGGUGGAACUACUCCUGAGUUCAAAGACUUGUGCCUAGACUUACAUAGUUUAUGCCGAACUGUUAUAGAAAAAUUCAUAGGUACAUGCGAAUUUUUGGAAACUCAGCAAACGCUAAAUCUAAAACAACUAAGUGAAAACGUGUGUGAUUUGACUCAUCUAUGCUUUAAUUAUGGACGGAAUUGUAAUCGUCAAACACACUCUUUUUGCAAAAGACUACACUCCAAUUGUGAAUCCAAAGGUUAUCCCGUUGCACCGGUUUUAGGCAGUCCGUAUAAAACAACGCCAGAAAAAAAUCUCGAAGAAGCAUUAACAAAAUAUGGUGUUUAUAUGGGUACACCUGAUCCAAAUAAGAAAAAUCCAUGGGACCCUUCAUUGUGUCUUUUGCUCCAAAAUUCAGGACAACCCCCAACCAAACAAGCAUGUGAACAUAUUACAUGGAACUGUGAGCUUUUAUUCAGUGACCCAAGUUUGUACCCUUUCUGCAUACCUCAAGAGGAUCGUUUAGCAAACAGUAUUUGCUUAGGAUUAAAACAUAGAUUAGAAGGUGAUUCUGGUUAUCUUGAUAUUCUUAAAGACAAACUUACUUCAUUUGGAUUCAUUGGAGGUUUUGGAGAAACUUCUGAAAAAUACACUGGAAAAGGUUUAGAAGAUCUAGACGGUUUACUAGAAUUGUCUUCUCCUCGCCUUACUACUCAUGAAUGUACACAACUACAAGCGGACUGUUAUUAUUAUGGUAUUUUUGGGGAAGAGGAUCUUCAACGUGGUUGCGAAAAACUCUCUUCAAAGUGCUAUGGUAGAUCAUGGAACAAAGCUGUUCUUAAAAAUCUACUAGGCACUACACAUCAACGUACUUCUGGGACUACAGGACUUGAUUCAUUAAGUUGCCAAAAACAGUUGGCUGGAAAAUGUAAAGGCUUAAAGUAUCCAGAUGUUCAUGUAACCUUUGCAUGUCUGCAUCUUGAAUCUACAUGUGAGGUUUAUACAGACGAUUUUUGA